UGGCUGGCCGGGCAGAUCGGGAUGUCAGGAUCAUUCCUUUGGUUCAGCCCCUCCAUCUCCGUCAGCCCCGGCGCGGUGAUCGCCCCGGGGGGAGCCGUCACCAUCCGCUGUCAGUGUCAGUGUUGGGGCAGGAGGUUAUUUCUGUAUAAAGAUGGAAUUGAAAUCCGGGAGCUGGAGGGUGACGGGGACGAAUUCACCAUCCCCAGCGCCAGGUGGGAAGACGCAGGGGCCUACAGCUGCCGAUCCCACGCCCUAUGGGAGCCGCUCAACUGGUCCUAUGCCAGUGACAUCGUGCAGAUCAUUGUUGCAGAGACCUACUACCCCAAACCCUCCAUCUCCCUGCGCCCCAGCAGGGGGGUCGCCCUGGGGAGAGCCGUGACCCUCCAGUGUCGGGGUCAGCACCGGAACAUGAGGUUCCUUCUGUACAAAGAUGGAAACCCGAACGCGCUGCAGGACGUGGAGCCGGCUGGGGACGUGACUCGGUUUCCCAUUCGCAGUGUGAGCCGGAGAGACGCCGGGAGCUACAGCUGCCGAUAUAGCACCAAAUCAGACCCACCCGUCUGGUCGGAGCCCAGCGACCCCGUGGAGCUGGUGGUAGCAGAGGGAACCGACCCAGCUGGGCCCCAGCAGCCGGAUCCCCCCACAACGGAACCGGAGGGAGAAGAUGCUGGUUCUAUUCCUGCAGGGGGAACCGACCCGACCAAGCCUGGAGUGGCGCCAGCUCCCACCUGCCCGGGCAGCGUGGGGCCAGCAGCCCCCCCGGGGCGCCCGGAUUUCACCCACGCCAACAUCGCCCGCCUGGCGCUGAGCGCUGUGAUCCUGCUCGUCCUGGGGCUGAUCCUGGCUGAGGCCUAUUACAGCCGCCCGAGGGGAGCACCUAGGAGCCUGGAUCUGGCUGUACAGAGAAGAGAAUCUCCCCGGGGAACAAGCCGCUUCCCCUUGGGGGGCUGAGAUGCCGGCACAAACCCCCCUGCCCCCAAAC